AUGGAAAGUACGAGUGGGAGCUCUGAAGAGAGCGAGCACUCUCGAUGGCUACAAAAAAGGAGAAGUGAGAAUGUUUUGCCAAAAGGUCUUCCCGUUCUGGUAUACAUUUAUGGAGGCGGAUUUGAAAUUGGUUAUUCUUCCGGUAUCCACGACUACUCUCUAACCGGAACUAUUCCAUUAAGAGAUGUAGUUGUAGUGACAAUUAACUACCGUGUAGGUCCACUUGGUUUCAUGACAACCGGAGAUGACGUUGCACGCGGAAACUAUGGAUUAUGGGAUCAGACAUUGGCUCUGCAAUGGGUUCAAAAUCAUAUUUCUUCCUUUGGGGGAGAUUGUGAUAAUGUGACAAUAUCUGGAAAUAGUGCAGGGGCAAUGAGCGUGGAUUUACUUUCGUUGAGCCCACAUUCCAAUAAACUGUUCCACCGAUUCUACGCAAUGUCUGGAAGUGCUCAUAGUACAUUUGGAUUCCGUUCAAAAGAGGACCAAGCGCAUGUUUGUAAAGUUUUUGCAAAAUAUCAUGGCUACACAGGGAACGAUUCUCAAAGUUUGUUUCAAUGGUACCAUUCUCAGUCCGUUGAACUUUUCAAAGAGACAGCUGAGAUCCCUAGGGACUUCUCUGGAUAUUUGUAUUCUGUUCCAAACUUUGACGGUGAUUUCUUCCCAAAACCAAUGGAAGAAUUGAGAAAAGAAGCGCCUAAAAUUGAUGCAAUGAUCACGAUAACAGAGUAUGAAGGACUGGGAACGCUUAUUGGUAAUCCAACAUGUCCUGAUCCAAACGACAAUUUGAACAAUUUGAAACUAUCAAUUGCUGAUGCGUACAGACCAGAAGUAACUGAAAAUCACAUUCAAGUUCAGAAAAAACUGCUUGACGCCUACACAAACAAUGUUGAUCUCACGGAUGAAGCAGCAUUGGCGAGAAAACUUGUGGAGUUUCUUGGAGAUUACGUGUUCAAUAUCGCGAUUCUGGACACUGCGAAAUCUUGUGCUACCAAUGGGAACAAUACUUAUCUAGCAUCCUUUGAUUAUUUUAAUACCGAAACUGAAGUGGACACAACACACGGAACAUUACCGUUCAAUGCCGCCACUCAUGGAACAGAUCUUCCGUAUGUAUUUGGAGAUGGAGGAAUGACAAGAUUCACUCCAACAGAAGAAGAAUUCAAAGUUAUGGAGAUUAUGGGAACAUAUGUAGCCAAUUUUGUGAAAUAUGGAAAUCCAAAUGGAAAAAACAACACUGACCAAUGGGAGAAGUAUAGUCUACAACAACCAAACAGAUUCUUCAAGAUCAACUUUCCGAAGAGUGAAAUGGCUGAUAAUUUUCAAAAUGGUCGUUUAGAAGUGUUUGAAGAAAUCAAGAAAUUUGACAUCAGGUAUCAGAAUUUAUAUUAG